CCUGGGGGCCGGGGCCGCUUGCGGACGCCCAUCAGCCGGCUUCACUCGCUCCGUCUGUUCGGAGGGGCGGCGGCGACCUCGGCCUCCAGCGUCUCUGGCGAGCUGUAGCGGCUGCUCCGCGGUCAGGAUGAUGUUGCUGGGCUUACUGCAGGCGGGCGGGUCGGUGCUGGGGCAGGCGAUGGAGCGGGUGACCGGCGGCAACCUCCUAUCCAUGCUGCUAAUCGCCUGCGCCUUCACGCUUGGCCUAGUCUACCUGAUUCGCCUCGCAGUCGGCCACCUGGCCCCCCUGCCUGCCGGGGCGAAAAGUCCACCAUACAUUUUCUCUCCAAUUCCAUUCCUUGGACAUGCUAUAGCAUUUGGGAAAAGUCCAAUUGAAUUCCUAGAAAAUGCAUAUGAAAAGUAUGGACCUGUAUUUAGUUUUACCAUGGUGGGCAAGACAUUUACUUACCUUCUGGGGAGUGAUGCUGCUGCACUGCUUUUUAAUAGUAAAAAUGAAGACCUGAAUGCAGAAGAUGUCUACAGUCGUCUGACAACACCUGUGUUUGGGAAGGGAGUUGCAUAUGAUGUGCCUAAUCCAGUUUUUUUGGAGCAGAAGAAAAUGCUAAAAAGUGGCCUUAAUAUAGCCCACUUUAGACAGCACGUUUCUAUAAUCGAGAAAGAAACAAAGGAAUACUUUCAAAGUUGGGGAGAAAGUGGAGAAAAAAAUUUGUUUGAAGCUCUUUCGGAGCUCAUAAUUUUAACAGCUAGCCAUUGUUUACAUGGCAAGGAAAUCAGAAGUCAACUCAAUGAGAAAGUGGCACAACUGUAUGCAGAUUUGGAUGGAGGGUUUAGCCAUGCAGCCUGGCUGCUGCCAGGCUGGCUUCCCUUGCCUAGUUUCAGACGCAGGGACAGAGCUCACCGAGAGAUCAAGAAUAUUUUCUACAAAGCAAUCCAGAAGCGCAGACAGUCAGAAGAAAAAAUAGAUGAUAUUCUCCAAACUUUACUAGAUUCUACUUACAAGGAUGGGCGUCCUUUGACAGAUGACGAAGUGGCAGGCAUGCUUAUUGGACUGCUCUUGGCAGGGCAGCAUACAUCCUCAACUACUAGUGCCUGGAUGGGCUUCUUCUUGGCCAGAGACAAAACACUUCAAGACAAAUGUUAUUUAGAACAGAAAACAGUCUGUGGAGAACAUCUGCCUCCUUUAACUUAUGACCAGCUGAAGGAUUUAAAUUUACUAGAUCGCUGUAUAAAAGAAACAUUAAGACUUCGGCCUCCUAUAAUGACCAUGAUGAGAAUGGCCAAAACUCCUCAGACCGUUGCAGGGUAUACCAUUCCUCCAGGACAUCAGGUGUGUGUUUCUCCCACUGUCAACCAAAGACUUAAAGACUCAUGGGUAGAACGUCUGGACUUUAAUCCUGAUCGGUACUUGCAGGACAAUCCAGCAUCAGGAGAGAAGUUUGCUUACGUGCCAUUUGGAGCUGGGCGUCAUCGUUGUAUUGGGGAGAAUUUUGCCUAUGUUCAGAUCAAGACAAUUUGGUCCACUAUGCUUCGUUUAUAUGAAUUUGAUCUCACUGAUGGAUAUUUCCCCACUGUGAAUUAUACAACCAUGAUUCAUACCCCUGAAAACCCUGUUAUCCGAUACAAGCGAAGAUCAAAAUGAAAAAGGCUGCAAGGAACUAAUAUGUGAAACAUCACUGUAAACUGCAAAAGCAUUUGAAGAGAAUGAAGUUUAUGAAACUCUUGG